GGCAUAUUAAAACCUAAAUAAUAUUUGUUGUUUGGCCAAAAAAAAAAACGGAUUCAUUAAUAAUCACCGAAUAAUAAUCACCUGAAGUUUUAAGAAUGGAGGAAUAUUCACGAGAGCCAUGCCCAUUUCGCAUUGUGGAUGACUGCGGUGGAGCUUUCGCCAUGGGUUGUAUUGGUGGUGGAAUCUUUCAGGCACUCAAGGGUUUCCGCAACGCGCCCCAAGGCAUGAAACGUCGCAUGAUUGGCGGCAUGAUGUCGGUUAAGGCACGUUCCCCCUAUAUAGCAGGCAAUUUUGCGGCCUGGGGUGGCGUCUUUAGCGUUAUCGAUUGUACUCUGGUGCAUUUAAGGAAAAAAGAGGAUCCAUGGAAUUCAAUUAUAAGCGGUGCAGCCACCGGCGGAGUGUUAGCCGCACGAAAUGGCGUUGCCGCCAUGGCGGGUAGUGCCAUAAUUGGGGGUAUUCUACUCUCACUGAUUGAAGGCGUUGGCAUUAUCUUUACACGCAUUUCGGCCGAAUCAUUUCGUAAUCCAGCACCAGUCUUUGAUCCCCGAUACGCUCGAACACCGGGUGCUGGUUCCGGUGAUUUUAUAGAUGUGGAUACCAUGAGUUCGGCUUCAACGGGUGGCCAAUAUCAAUAGCUGAAUUCGAUAUAUUAUUUCAUUAAAUAUACCAAAUUUCGCACGAUGCGAUGACAAAUUAUUGAAAUAAAUUCCCUAAUAACAUCGUA